GUUUUCUGAGUUUGAGUAGUGAAAAACUAUGGAAGCCAUUAAUACAAAAGCUUGGUUAAACGAGAAUUUUCGCCAGCAUGUCAUAGAUAACGUGAUCAUGAAGAAAUUGAUACAAUGGGGCCACAACACUAGAAACCCUGUUUUUCUGAGGAAACUUAAAGAAAUAGCUGUUCAAUUCGAGGAAAAAAUUUAUGGAAUGGCAAAGAACAAGGAUGAUUAUGUAGAUAAAAUUCAUAAAAAGCUGAACUCGAUAACAAGUAGAUCAUUCUUUGGUGAUGCAGCAGCUUGUACUGCAGGCCAACAACCAGCAAAUACAAUAAUUUCGAGGCAAGCUGUUCAUUCCGAUCAGUCUGCACAACGAGGCAUCAGUGGCAGUGCCCCUACUCAAGAGAGCCAGAAAUUAUAUACGACUCAACAUCAAGUUCAUGUAUCAAAGCAGAGGCCUAUGCAUUCAACACUGCAACAAAGUUUUGUAAGUAUGCAGCCUGCAGCUUUGAACCCGUUGCAGGAAGAUAGACUAUCUGAGCGACAGAAUGGUCUCUAUCCAUUAGUGCAACAAAUUAGGCCAAUGAGAGAACCAAUUCAAACAACAAAUAGCAUGUUGAAUAUAGAAAGCCGCCAACAAUUAUCGCAACUUGGAGGUUCAGUGAUGAAGCCACAAGAGCAGGGAACUCUAUAUCAGGAUACUAGAGUACAUCAGUCAAACAUAGUAAGAAGCACUCCUCUUCAUACUCACACUUUAGAGUUUGAGAACAAGCAUAUCCCUUGGUCACAAGUGGCUGCUACAAAUGCUCCAGCAUUUACAUCCUUUGUUGAUGCUGAAACUAUUAGUGCUGCUGAUCUGAAGCGUCUCAUAGCUCAGUAUCGGACAUCGUACUUGCCUGAUCUACUAAAUUUCGAAAAGAAAGUUGAGAAAGAAUUUGUCAAGGCACAAAGUGUGGAUCGACAGGAAAAAGCUAAACGAUUAAGAUUACGUUCUCAACAGAUGAUCAAGUUUCUACAUCUUCCAGAAGAUGAUUUGAUGUGUAUUCCUAAAGAAACAGUGUGCUGUUAUUUGAAUAAUAUUACAGAGGUUUUAAACAGAUGGAAAGCGAGUAGUAUGCAGGCCAGAAACCAAGCACCACAAUAUCCUAACAGACAGAUGAUUUCUUUAAAUCACCUGCAAAAUACCCCAUCAGUGAAUACAACAACCUUCAUGUCUGCUAAAAAUCAAGCACCACAAUAUCCAAACAGACAAAAAAUUUCUGUGAAUCACCACCAAAAUACCUCAUCGGUUAUGUCCGUAGAAAAUCCAGCACCACAAUAUCCUAACAGACACAUUAUUUCUUCAAACCACCAGCAAAAUACCCCAUCAGUGAGUACAACAACCUCCAUGUCUGCUGAAAACCAAGCGCCACAAUAUCCUGACAGACAGAGUAUUUCUUCAAACAACCAGCAAAAUACCCCAUCAGUCGGUACAACAACCUCCAUUACUAGACCCAUAAUCAGUUCUUCGACAAUGGAUAACUCCAAGGCUCCGAAUAUGCAAAUCAUGCUGCCCAGAGGUCCUCAUGGUACCCAAGAACCAAGUGAUGAUCUUAUGAAGCAAAAUCCGAAACCAAUGCAGUCAACAAGUAUGAAUCGACCUCCAAAAGCAGUGCAUUUAAAGAAGCCACAGAAGGUUCCAGGAAAGAAAGACUCUAUGGACUUAAUGUUUCGACCCAUGAAUACAAAAGCCACUCUUAGGAAUUCUCAGCGCCAACCUUCUCAAGCUCGCCCUAAAACACCACAGCUGCUGAAAAGGAAAACAUCUGUUACAAGUUCUAGAGCAAUAUCACAGCCUAGUUACUCGAUAGUUACGAUUGAUUCACCCUCAACGCCUGGGACAGUGUCUUCUGUGACAAAGCCAAUUGGGAGUCCUGCUAUAUCUGUUUCUCCUAAUAAAUUUGGCGCCAAUAAGUCUCAAAGUGAGACUGAGGUUCAAGAUCGAUCCAUUCCCUUGGGAACACCUGGUGCAUCAACCUCUUCGUUGCCACCAGAAUUCAGCAGUCCAGAGAGCAAUCAACUUCCACAGUCUGCAGACCUGCCUAUUAAUCGCUUAAUUAAAGUGCUGCAAUCUGUGUCUAAGGAAGCUCUGAAGAGUUCCAUGGAUGACAUUGCCUCAGCCAUCAAUGAUAUGGACAAGUUGCCUGAGUAUGCAUAUGAUGAUUAUAGAGUACCACUGGACAAUUAUUUGGUGAAUCUCCCAGAAGCAAUCGAUGAUGAACCCAAGCUUCCUAAAAGAUUGAAGCGCAACAUUGAAUCAAUAAGCAGAGAUAUAUCAACCAUCUCGGAAAAUCAUGAUCUAUGCUGAAAAGGCCUAAAAUUAUGACUAGAAACUGAAGAUUGGGUGGGGAGAGCAAAGUCUAUAUUCCGUUGCUGCGUUCGAGGUCUCGUGUCCAUAAGAGAGAUAGCAAAAGCAUGGGAUGAUUGUGCCCGGCGAGCUUUCACUGAAUUACCCUCCAUCUUGGAGGAGAAAGCUUAUGCUGCCUGGAGGAAUGUUCCUGCAGCUUGAUGAAGGUUCAUGUGAUACAGGAUACUUUAAUGAAAGGUGGAUGGAUAUAUAUAUUUUUUUGUUAGGUAAGAUGAAGGGCUCUAACGAAUCGAGAUAAGUUAAGCCGGUCCGGGUUAGUAGGCAAGUAGGUGUAUAAUACAAGUGUAAAGAGUACAUAACAGUCAAACUUAGUACACAGCUGAUUUCUUUUUCUUAUGAAAUUGUGUGUGAAUAACCUAACCCAAUUUUCACAAAAAAUUGUUUUAUGUAUAUACAUAUUUUAGGGCAGAGGAAUAGAUUUUGAUGAGAUAGUUAAAUUGGUGGUGAUUUGUCUAUAUGACUUCAGAUUUGUAUAUAUUAAUACAGCUGUUUUGUUUGCAUUGAGA